AUGGGUCACCAUCACCACAACCCAAACUCCGCCCCCUUUCAGCAAUUUCUGAAUGCAUUUGGAUUGGAUUCAAUAAUGAGUGUUGAUGAAGUAUCACAACGACUACUCAAUCAGAGACAACUCAUCGAUAUCGAUGGAUCAAGAGAAUAUGUUAACGCAUUCAUCAAAAAGUGUGAAAAACGUGAUCCUAACUCGAUAAAACCGCUCCGAAAACGAGUUGACGCCGUAAUGGACUCCUCUCAGGAAAUGACACUGAUGAUGGAUUUUCUCGUGAGAUGUCGUCAGACUCAUUUAUUCAGAAUUCCCACGACGACUUCAGAAGACAAUCGAUCGAUUGGAGGAUCUUCUUCAUUGAAUACAGUCACACCAACUCCAUCAAUUCAAUCGUCUCCAUUUCAGAGAAGAUCGGCGAGUCGUGGAAGAGUUUUAAGCACGAUGAGUGAGUUUUAG